CAACCGAUCAAGUGGUUCCGAUCUGCCGCUUUGCGCCGUUGACGCCAAGGUCCUUGUGAGCAGCCGCCGUCCCGACUCCUCCGCCGCCCAACUCCCCCGACGCGCGACUCCCCCGCCGUCCCGACCUCUGCCAUCACCGACUCCGUGUGCAUUCGCGACCCAUUGUUUGAAGUCGGCCGGAGGCUUUGCCCAAAUCUUUGCCGCGAUCCCGUUACCGCCGGCGCUGUCCCGACCUCUGCCGUCGCCGACUCCGUGUGCAUUCGCGACCCAUUGUUUGAAGUCGGCCGGAGGCUAUACCCAAAUCUUUGCCGCGAUCCCGUUACCGCCGGCGCCGUCCCGACCUCUGCUGUCGCCGAAGCCGUGUGCAUUAGCGACCCAUUGUUUGAAGUCGGCCGGAGGCUAUGCCCAAAUCUUUGACGUUGCAGCCGUUGUGAUCACGCAAUCAAGUUGA